ACGUCCAGCAGCCUCCUCACAUUAAAGAGGAAGAGGAGGAGGAGGAAGUGUGGAUCACUCAGGAGGAAGAGUCUCUUCUAGGGCAGGAGGAGGCUGAUCUCAGCAAGUUUCCACUGACUGUUGUCUCUGUGAAGACUGAAGAGCAUGAAGACAAACCACCUGAGUCCUCACAGCUUCAUCACAGUCCAAACGUCUGUGAAGAACAACUUCUGCCUGAAAAACAGGAGUGUAGCUUCAGGAUGGUGAAGGAGGAUCCAUCAAAGAGGAAGACCGGGCGCCACAGACCAUCUGGUGUCUCCUUUUCCUCUUUGACACAGACCCUGCCCUGUAAAAAGGAAGAGGAGGCGUCACAGACCUCCCACAUUAAAGAAGAAGAGGAGGAACACAGCGUUAGUAAGGAGGGAGAGCAUAUUGAAGGACUGGUGGAGUUCCCAGUGACUGGUGUCCCUGGGAAGAGUGAAGAUGAUGAGGUCAAAGGUAAAGGUGAGGGGAGGGGAGGGGCGGAGCCUCCAAGCAGCAGCUCAACACAACACAUGACAACAGAAGCUGAUGGAGACCACUGUGGAGGAUCACAAGCAGACAAGCUCUUAGCUCCACUAUCAGAUAGUGAGGACACAACGUCACACUCUCCUGACACUGAUGAUGAAGACUCUAAAGAUGAUAAGACAUGUCACACUGACAACACUCACUUCAAAUGUUCUCACUGUGACAAAACCUUUAAAUACCAUUGUCAUCUGAAAACACACAUGAGAACACACACUGGAGAAAAACCUUUUUCCUGUUCCAUAUGUGGUAAAGGUUUUGUACACAGUCACCAUUUGAAAGCACACAUGAGAAGACACACUGGAGAAAAACCUUUUAUCUGUUCAAUCUGUAGUAAAGGUUUUGUAGAAAGUGGCAAUUUGAAAGUGCACAUGAGAACACACACCGGUGAAAAACCAUUUUCCUGUCCAAUCUGUGGUAAAGGUUUUGUAGAAAGUAGCAAUUUGAAAGUACACAUGAGAACACACACUGCUGAAAAACCCUUUUCCUGUUCAAUCUGUGGUAAAGGUUUUGCAGACAGUUUAUAUUUGAAAAAACACAUAACAACACACACUGGAGAAAAAUCUUUUAUCUGUUCAAUCUGUAGUAAAGGUUUUGUAGAAAGUAGCAAUUUGAAAGUGCACAUGAGAACACACACUGGUGAAAAACCUUUCUCCUGUUCAAUCUGUGGUAAAGGUUUUGUAGGAAGUGGCAAUAUGAAAGUACACAUGAGAACACACACUGGCGAAAAGCCCUUUUCCUGUUCAAUCUGUGGUAAAGGUUUUGUACAAAAUGACACUUUGAAAAUACACAUGAGAACACACACUGGUGAAAAACCUUUUUGUUGUUCAAUCUGUGGUAAAGGUUUUGUAGACAAUGGCAAAUUGAAAGUACACAUGAGAACACACACUGGUGAAAAACCUUUUUCCUGUUCAAUCUGUGGUAAAGUUUUUGUAGAAAGUGGCAAAUUGAAAGUACACAUGAGAUCACACACCGGAGAAAAACCAUUUUCUUGUUCAAUCUGUGGUAAAGGUUUUGUACACAGUGGCAAAUUGAAAGUACACAUGAGAACACACACUGGUGAAAAACCUUUUUCUUGUUUAAUCUGUGGCUUAUCUUUUUCAAGGAAGGAAAAUUUGAAAAGACACAUGAGAACGCACACUGGCGAAAAACCUUUUUCCUGUUGAGUCUGUGGUAAGGGUUUUACAAAUAGUGUCAAUAUGAAAACACACAAGAGAACACACACUUUUGUGAGCGAUCAAACCUUGUAGCACACAUGAGAACACACCCAGGAGAGAAAGUGUUAAGUUGCAGUGUGUGUGGUGAAAGAUUGUCUUCUAAGUACCAGUGUAAGAAACACAAGUGUGCUGGUGAGAACAGCAGCAGCAAAUGAAACUGCAGGAUUUGAAAUAAACUGUCAAGACUUUCAUUUGGACUUUCUAACAACAGCAGCACAUAUAACAUGUGUGACAUUGUUGUUUGUGUAACAAUCUUUUUAACAUGCUUCUACAUUUAUAGAUUAGAUUUUAUUAUAUUAGUGUUUUUUUCAGUCAAGUACAUGCAUUAAUAUGCAACAUUGUGUACUUUUAUUAAAGUUUGAACAGAACAAUUUGACUGAAAAGGUGAGAGUAAACAGUACAAGACAUAUUUUACAUACAAUAAACAUUUUAUGUUUAUAUAUAUUCCUCAUUCAAUUUUAGACUUGUUCAUAACAGUGUUUCUAUAGGUGUUUGAAAUAUUGAAGUGUUACAUAGUUUUAUUUGUAAUUGUUAAUGAUCCCAUAGAUUAGCACCUUUAUAUGAUAUACAUAUGUACUGGUUCACAUCUGAAACAUCUUCUGGACCACUUCAGGAAGCAUAUUACUAUUUACUUUAUACAUCAUUUGAACAGUUGUCUUUUAUACAAUUUUAAAAUGUGUGACUUUAUGAAUUAUUUGUUGGGUCUCUAUAAUCCAUUUUAUUAAUUAUCUUUAUUACUCUCUUUUGUAAUAUGAUGAUUGUGUUGUGAUUGUUUUAUAUGUAUGUACUCAGACCUUUAUGCAAUAUAAAAGUGAGCGAAAAUGACUGAA